GCCCUGUGAUGAAUUGACACACUGAGUGCCAGGGUAUAUUUCUGCUUGUGCCCAAUGUUUUCAAGUUGCACCAGGCUGCAAGACCCUGACCUGGACAAAGGAGUUAUAUCAAAUCAAAUAUCAAUAAUAAAAGAAUGCAACAAUAAAAAUAUGAAACUGUGCUUCCUGGUUGAAUAUGAAAUAUUACUAAAAGGGAUUAUUCUCACUUGCAGUGUGGAAUCACUUAGUCCUGGGUGAAUACUGCUCCAGCUGUAUCCAUGUCUCCCUGUCCUACGCUACAGCACACAAUUUGCUUCUGCUGCUUGGCACUGCUGGCAUUUUUCAUGACGCAAGCUGAUGGACUGCAGUGUUAUGCAUGUAACAUUCAGGGACAGAGCUCUGUGGAUGUAGGCUGUUCCAGUCCAGAGGUCAUAACAUGCUCCCAUUUCUACAAAGGCUUCAAGCAGCACUACUGCAUCAGAACAGAAAGCACAGCAUUAAAAAUGGUGCUAACAAGUGGAUGUGCUACAUCACGCCAUUGUCACACAGAGGAACUUCCUGGAGUGAAGAUACACUGCUGUGAUUCAGAUCUUUGUAACUUUGCUUCACACCAUCACAUCACAUCAUCACCAUCACACACACUGUGCUUUCUAACAGCUACUCUCGCCUCAUUCUGGCUACAGCUGUGAUCACUACAGGGUAAGAGUGUUUUUUUUUUUACAGAACCUGAUAAAUCUUCUAAAUUAUCUGUUAAAACAGGUGGCAUAUCAGUGGUGUCUUGAGUGGGUUAUUCUGUGACUUACAUUCACAGUUGUAAAAACUGUAAUUUUUUUUAACUUUAACUUUUUUUUUUACUUAUUAAAAUAAUUUACAUCCAGUGCAUGUAUUCCAGUCACUUAAGUACAAGUAGACCUCAGGUUCUCCAGUUUGCUUUCCACCUCCCAAAAACAUACAGAGGGCAUUCUGGUCACUUCUUGCUUGCUCAACAGGGGUUUUUGUAUCUGUUGGUCCUGGAUAUUGUAAAGUUGCUUUGAGACAAUGUAUAUUGUAAAAAGCGCUAUAUAAAUAAAGUUGACUUGACUUCUUAUUGA